AUGAUAUAAACAGUUUAUCAUGCCAAUUGCAUGGACUGACAGCCUAACAUUGAGAUUAGUGACUCUUUAUGGUAAACACGAGUGUUUAAGAAACCCUUUCCACCCUAACUUUAUAAAUAAACUUUGUCGUUACAAAGCUUACAAAGAGAUUGUGGAUUCUAUGAAUGUUUGUGGUUUAACAAUUUGUGAUUGUAUCAAAAGGAUUACAUAUGUAAAAGCCCAAUACUGUUUUGAGUUAUCUAAAAUAAGUGCUGCAAUAUCUUGUGAAAAAUUUUACAAGCCAACAGCAAUUUGGUUUACAGCAGUACACCAACUAUAUUUUCCAUUUGCAGCAACUUACAGUCAUGCAAGUGAUUUCUGUAAGAUAAGUGAUGAUAAAAUAGACAUAGUUAAAGACUGUUACUAUAAUGAAACAUAUGAUCAGUUGACACCUUCAGGUCCUCUAGAACGGAAAAUGCAAAACAGAGACUGUGAUUGUCCUUAUGCAAUUUGUCAUUGUGAAAGAUCACAUAAAACCAAACCUCGUACACGAACCAAGUAACUUCUUCCCCCAUACACUCAAGCAGAAGGUAAGGGAACGUUUACUUCGCAAGUCACAGCUAUCGAUGACACAAACUACUUACAUUUACGUUCACCGAAAGUAACUCGAAUUGACGCUGGAAAUAACACUAGAAGAAAUAUCAUUACACAGCACGCAACGCAAACCGACAUCUCUUAUUUUAAAACCGCGUGUACGACUUGUCAAGUGUGUAUGGAAAACGACAUACAUCUCAAUAGUACGAAACUCGCAAGUAUACUGAUGGUAAACGACCUGGAAAAUAUUAGUCACACGGAUUGCAUUCCAACGGAGGAGGACAUUAGAGGAAGAAGGAAAAUUCACGACGAGUUUGAUAUGUUUGGCAAGAGUAUUGCGUUUCAGUUGCGGAAUAUAAGUUUCGAGAUCGCUAUUAAAUUAGAAACACGAAUACAGGAUCUGAUUGCACAAGAGCGUCUGAGUAAUAUAAAAUCGAAAUGUUCCGAUUGUUGUUCCAUUUCUAGCUGUAGCGAAUGUAAAGUCUUCCACAAAGAUAUGGUUUGCAGUUGCGGUCUUCCUGUCAUUAUGAUCAAGGAGGAACCAUCUUGCAAUUUCGAUAGUAAACACCUAAUGUAA